AUGGCUGAAGAUGAGGAUAGAGACGAUGAAGAUGACUCAGCCAGAAAAGGAUCUGAAACGGUAACCUUUAGUCGCCCAGUAAACAUAGCUGCCAUAUCUGAAACCUCAAUUGACUCUCAACCCAAACAGAAGCAUGAUGAGAAGGGAGAGGAAGCACACAGCUGUGAAGGCGGAGAACACUUCAGUCCUAAAGACUACCGGGCAAUGGGGGGCGCCAUAGAGCAACUUGGUUUAGAACUGCUGCAAAAUCUUCCUGUUGGUCCACAACAGCCGAAUGUCAUCCUAUCACCUCUCAGUGUAGCGUUUGCCCUCGCUCAGUCUUGCCUUAGUUUGGGUGCUCGUAAUGAAACAGAGAAGCUGCUGAUGAAGAGCCUUCAUGCUAACAGUUUGCCAUGUUAUCAUCACAUCUUGGGAGGCCUUGUGCCCCACUUUACAAAUACAUCACUGGAGGUGGCAGCACGCAUGUACCUGAAGCCAGGUUUCGAUGUGAAGCUGUCUUUUCUUGAAGAGUCUCUGGCCAGGUACCGAUCACAGCCGAGUCCUCUGGUCUCUGUCGAAGAGAUCAACCAGUGGGUGGAGAAGGCAACCAACAGUCACGUCCAGAACUUUCUGGAAAGUAUCCCACAUGAGGUGGUGCUGAUGCUUAUCAAUGCUGUGUAUUUCAAAGGUGAAUGGCAGACUCGUUUUAACCCCCAGGCAACCACUAAGGGAGUCUUCUACCUGGACGGACAAAACUUUGUGUCAGUGGACAUGAUGUCGUCUGGCCAGUACCCUGUACGUGUGAUGCAUGACCCCGAACUGAAGGCACAGGUUGCCAGUUUUCCAUUCAAGGGAAACGCUAGUUUCCUCAUUGUCAUGCCAAUAUUAGGAAGAGCAAAUGUGUCAUCAGUACUUCCCAGACUGAACAUUUCAGACCUUUACAGUCGACUUCCUCCAGAGAAAGCAAUAAUGGUCAACUUACCCAAAGUGAAGCUGCAGUAUCGCGAAGAGCUCAAGGAGGCGCUCACUAACAUGGGUCUGGGCUCACUGUUUUCAGUUCCUGAUCUCUCUGAUUCCAAUCAACCUCUGAGGGUGACAGGUGUCCGUCAUGCCAGUACUGUCGACCUCAGCGAGGAAGGUGUUGAGGCGGCCGCCACUGACAGCCGUCAUGGCCACACGCACAUCUCUCCAUCUUCUCCAUUAACCUCCCCCUUCCUCUUUGCUCUGGUUGAUGACACGUCUCUGACCCCCCUCUUUAUGGGUGUUGUCACAAACCCCGCCCCUGACAAUGACCUGAUGCUAAAAGAUGAUCCCCAUGGCAACAGCACCAUGAGCGACCAGCCUGAGGCUGCACAGUAUGAGUGA